UCACUACAGUCCCACUGUCAAGCCAGACCCAGGCUAGUGUGCAACAACCUGUUUCAGUGGCUAUGCAGCCGCUGCAGCAAGCCCCUGGGACCAUGCAGCCUAUGCAACGGAUGCAGUGGAUGCCCAAGAUACCCCUGACGAGUCCUAAGCCCUUCUCUGGCGAUAGGAAGAAGGAUGAGGACUUAGACAUCUGGGUGAGGACUGUGCCUACUUAUGUGAGGCACAAGCUCACCAAGCCAGAGCAGGAAGUUGUAGUGGCUGCCUCCUUUUUAGAGGGGUCAGCAGCCCGCUGGUUGAAUGGCUUAGUGCAGCAGCAGGGCUACGGUCAAAACUUCGAUGCCUGGGCACAGUCCCAGACAUUGGAAGAGUUCGUACGGUCCGUGUAUAACAGGUGGCAUGAGCCGCAAGGGGCUCAGAAGGCCACCGAUGCUAUCAACAGUCUUUGUUCCCGCAGGUUCAAGAAUGUUAGAGAGCUAACGGACACCGUAGAAGGUUUACUCGUGGUACCUGGUGUGCGUUUUGACCAGCAGGUUCUCCUGACGGAUUACCUAAGGUGCCUACCUGCAGAGGUAAGGACCAAGCUGGUUGAUGAGGCCUAUGUCGAACAACACACCUUCGCUACUUUUAGUAAGAAAGCUCUGGACAUAGAGGCAAAGCUGGGAUCCGCGCAUCAGACCUCAUCGAUUCGGAGAGAGACCGAGCUGCCAGAUAUCCCGUACAAGGCAUUAAAUUCCCGUUACAGACAUGUUGUACACAUGGAAGAUUGCCCUGCCAUGGCCGAAGCAUCUUCAAGUAAGCCUAUUAUAGAUACGAGUCCCGAGGCGUCUUCUUCCCCGAGAGGUGGUGCUGCGGUGGACAAGGGUGCUGCAAAGCUCAGCCAAACAUCAAAGACGAAGGCAUGGGAGGAGGAAAUGAUAUCAGGGCUGCAGCAAGUCCCAUGGAGGAAAGUGGAUGUAGAUUUCCGCGCUGCGUAUUUCCCUUUCAUGGCCCAUAAUUUCAUACAUGUUAAAACCAAAUGGAUCCAUUUUGAGGGUGCUGGCGUGAUCAAACACCUUAUUGACAUGUUUGUAGACCAGGAAGAGAGAAUUAUCCUAGAUGCCAGCUUGUAGCAUAAAAAGAGUUUUGUGCAGCAGCUAUGGCGGACAUGGUGGUGGUCGUCUUUGUCCAUGCCUUGAUAGUGAAGUGCUUCCGCUUCUUCUUCUUCUUUUUCUUCUUCUUCCUCUUCUCUUCUCCUAGAUGCCAGCUUGUAGCAUAAGAGGAGUUUUGUGCAGCAGCUAUUGCAGACAUGGUGGUGGUCAUCUUUGCCCACACCAUGAUAGCGCAGUACUUCCUUCCGUCUUCUUCUUUUUUCUUCUUCUUUCUUCUUCCUUCUUCUUUCACCGUCUUCGUAUUGCUUUCUGUCUCUUCUCGCAUAGGUUCUUCAGCUGAUGCCUAGUUUACAUAGAACUAAGAGUGGACGCAGAAUCCUCGUCCUCAUGCCCCACACCUAAUGACACGGCCGUCAAAGCUAGGAUCCCACUCUGGCCAGCUUGAUGAAUUUGAGAAUUAGCGCAUACUCCCGACAGGACAUUUUUGACUCAGGUCUGGACGCGCUUGCACUCAGAUGCAUCUAUACCCGGCCGCCGUAUGGGACAACAAGGACCAAUGAAUCGUUCUGCUUACCAUCUUCAUCCUGUUCUGUACCAUCCAGGUUCUGGGACAAGGACCAAUGAAUGGUUCUGAUUAUGUUCCUGAUCCUGGUCUGGACCAUCACAGUCCUUGGAGAACGACCAAUGAAUGGUUCGGAUUACCAUCCUGGUCCUGAUCUGAACCGUCGUGGUCCUGGGACAAUCAGAACCAAUGAAUGGGUCUGAUUACAAUUCUGGGUCCACAACCAAUGAAUGGUUCUGAUUACCAUCUUGGUCCUAGCGUGGACUUGGUUCUGAUUACCAUCCUGGUCCUCGUCUGGACCAUCAUGGUCCUAGGACAAGGACCACUGAAUGGUUCUGAUUAUCAUACUGAUCCUGAUCUGGAGCAUCACCGUCCUUGGAGAGGGACCAAGGAAUGGUUCUGAUGACCAUCCUGGUCCUGGGACAGUCAGAACCAAUGAAUGGUUCUGAUUACCAUCUUGGUCCUGGUCUGGACCGUUGGGAUUCUGGGGAGAGGACCAGUGAAUGGUUCUGAUUACCAUCCUGGUCCUCGUCUGGACCAUUGUGGUCCUAGGACAAGGACCACUGAAUGGUUCUGAUUAUCAUACUGAUCCUGGUCUGGAGCAUCACCGUCCUUGGAGAGGGACCAAGGAAUGGUUCUGAUGACCAUCCUGGUCCUUGGACAGUCAGAACCAAUGAAUGGUUCUGAUUACCAUCUUGGUCCUGGUCUGGACCGUUGGGAUUCUGGGGAGAGGACCAGUGUAUGGUUCUGAUUACCAUCCUGGUCCUCGUCUGGAGCAUCAUGGCCCUGGGACAAGGACCAUUGAAUGGUUCUGACUAUGAUCCUGAUCCUGAUCUGGAGCACCACCGUCCUAGGAGAAGGACCAAGGAAUGGUUCUGAUUACCAUUCUGGUUCUGAUUUGGACUGUCGUGGUCCUGAGACAAGGACCAAUGCUAAAGAGUGCCUGGCUACCAGGAAUGGCAGUGCGGUUCUGUCUAUUUUCUGGACCAGGUUUUCCCCCUACCGUCUUCACCCAAAUACAACGUAUGGUCAUUAUUGCUGUAUCUAGACUCAAAGUUGCCACAAAUACAGCUAUAAUGACGUUAUGUUGUAUUUGGGUGAAGAUGGUAGUGCCAGGAACAAGGCAGAAUGAUUCAAUGUCUGGACGCUGCCCAUUGAUUUGUACUUCGGAUGGUCACUGGUCUGCUCCUUUCCACUGGGCCCAGGGUGCACACAGUCCCACAUGGUAUUUGCUGACUGAACAAAGUGCGACUGGGACUGGGUACCGCUGACUAGGCGAGGUUGGACUGCCAACUUGGCCACUUGCCGCUAGCCUAACCUUAGCAAUUCUCGAAAGGCCACUUCCGGACCUUCCGGAAGUCUGUAGACUCGGCCUUUUAGAACCGUAGCAGCUACGACUUUGACACAGCUAGAACCCCUACUUGACAGACCUACAGCUCAAGACCCGACGACCAUACUAACCUGCGACAGACAACAAACGACUGCCAAGACACAGGGCAUGGGUUCAAACACACAGAGGUCAACUUCGUACUGUACAGGGGUGAGGACAAGGUCUAGAGAUCGAGCCCUGGGAAGGCUGGGAUCUGCGUCUGCUACUGCAAAGGUGAAAACCGUUUCACUAUUAGUGUCUCAUAUCGACUAAUGAACUCUCACCUAUUGACUAUUAGUGUCUCCUAUCGACUAUUGAGCUCUCUCCUAUCUAUCGACUAUUCCUACGUUCUUCAAGUUCCCCUUUUCCUCGCGUGGAGGGCAAAAAUGGCCCAUCGACCGUGAGGAAGACAAAACAAGCCCUGUCAACACACCCAAGGCACAGAUCAUGCACGUGAACAGGUGCAUGGUCAGGUGCAUUCUGAGCAGGAUAGUCCGGGCAUUUCUAACCCUGAGCAGGCUGUCUAGAACUUAGAUGGAGGUUUGCCUUCUUUUCCGCAGCUGGCUGCCACUCUUGGUCGCUAAAUGCAACGAGACUCGACCUUUUUAUGAUGACCUUUUUCCCCGAGGAAAAAGGUCAUUGCGUGCUACUAGUUUAUAGGGAUUAUCUGACUCUCCUGUCACCUCUUUCUUCACCUUCUUGUUGCUGGUUCUUUUCUGUUCUUUGCUCCUUUCCUUCCCUUCUACAGUGCCCUUGUUUCCCUAUAGUUCCCUUGUUUCGCUGGUCUUUGUUAGCAUCUCGCUUUCGAGUUUCCACAGUCACAACAUCACUUAUAUUUAUGAUAUAUUAGUAUAUACUAUAUACUAGUAUAUAAUUAUAUACUACUUUGCAAGCAUAUAUAUGACGAUAUAUACUAUUAUAGUCAAUUAACGAAAUCUCAGGGCAAGUGCCCUUGCUUCACGGCAUCACGAAUAUACAACUUUGCAAGCAUAUAUAUUAUAUAGGCGUUAACGGAACUGGUGAGGGCAAGUGCCCUUGUUUCGUUGGUCUUCAUUAACAUCUCACUUUCGAGUUUCCACAGUCACACUAUCACAAAUAUACAACUUUGCCAGCAUCUAGUCAUUAGCAGAUUCUUCUGAUGACUAGAUGCUGGCAAGUAGCUGCAGAUCUGAAGGAUGAAUAGCGCACUAUUUCCCACUGUCGAUGCUGUGGCCAGGAAUAGGUGCAAACGUC